AUGAUGGAUAUUAGUCAUUAUUCACAAACGAAUUAUUAUUUUAUUAUUAUAAUUAACUUAUGUUUAUUAAUUCAAGGUCAAUUCUAUUUACCUAAUGAAUGUUUUAUGACAUUUGAUAAUGCAUCAGUAACAUCUGACCCUUCAAAUCCAAAUACAAAUAUAUUUCUAUGUCCAUCAUCAUGUUAUACAAUGCGAUAUCUAUCUAAUCAACAAGAAUAUCCAUUAUUUGGUAAUGAAACAUAUUCAGGAAAUUCGUUGAUAUGUAAAGCAGCUUUACAUGAUGGUCGUAUUGCUCCAUGGAAUGAAACAAAUUCUACAAUAUUAAUAAGAAAUAGUUCAUUUCGAUCAUCAACAUUUAUAAGUACGCUUAGAAAUGGAAUUCUUUCAAUUAAAUUAGUUGGUAAUUCAUAUUUAGUUUAUCAAUUUCUUAAUAAUCGAAUAAAUGAAACAUCAAUACCUGAUAUAGCUAUUGAACAUCGAAAAUAUCUUUAUUCUCAAAAUCAAUCAUCAAGUAUAACAUGUAGAAGUAAAUUAGAUCUUUAUCCAAUUCAAUCGAUUAAUAUUGAUCAAGGAUGGAAACAUUGGACAGAAAAUCGUUUAAAAUAUUUUACAUUUCCUCGAAAUUUAACUCGAAAUCAAUCAUUAACUUUUUGUUUAAAUAAUAAUGGAACAUUAAUGUAUUGGGCAAAUUCAACUGAACAAGAAAUACUUCAAAGAAUUCUUGCAACAACAAUUCAUGAUUUAUUUCAUUUUCAAAGAAGUUCAGCUAAUAAUAAUACAUUAACUUUUUUUAUUGGUUUAAAACAAAUUAAUCGAAUUAAACAAUGGGAAUCAAAUGUUAUUUCAUAUAAUAAAUCAUUGGAAACAAAUUCUACUUCAAUAAUAAAUGAAGAAGAUUAUUGUACAAUAAUUCAAUCAAAUGGUUCUAAUAUUCAAUCAAUAAGAAUAUAUGAUCAUAAAUGUGAUGAUAUAAGUAUUCGUGGAUAUCCACUUUGUCGUCUUUUACCAUCUGUUAUAAAUGAUGAAAAUGAUUUUAUUUAUCGUAUUGAAACAGAUAAUGAAGCAAAAAAUUUAAUUGGUGUUAUUGAUUUUUGUUCGGAAUUAGGUGGAUAUCCAAUUUAUGCAAAUAAUGCUUAUGAAUGGCAAUUAAUUCAAGGUAUUUCUAACAUAUUAGAAUUUGUUUAA